CGCACACCCAAUCGCCACCCUCCCUCAUCCGUGCCAAUUCCUUCACACGAGUGCCGAUAACCUAACCCUCGCCGGGAAAUCUAUUCCUCUCGUAAUUUAUCCCGCCGGUGCCACCGGCGUCAUGUCUCAACGGUUCCGUUAUGUUUCCGGCGGAUGCUGAACUCCGGCGAGCUCACCUCAGAAGAUCUAACCAGUUGUUAACGUGUUAUUUGUGAGUUGUGACGGAGGUGCGAAAACCUUUUUUUUAUAGCUUUAUGAAGAAGAUGGAGAGUUUUGAAGCUUUGACGAGUUCGAGGGAGUUCAAAAUUGUGUAUGCUGCUGAUCAUGGAGGGAUUCUUCUAUGUGUAGCAUGUUGAAGCUUUAAUAGUAUCCUCCCGGUCUGUGCAGUUUAAUGGCAACUGAAAUGCAGAGAUUUGGGACAAGUGAAGAAGAGGAUGAAGAAAUGGGAUUGGAUGUGAAAGAAGAAGGUGAGAAUGACGAAGAUGAUGAUGAUAAGAACUCAACACCUCCAACAGUGGUAGGUGUUGAUGGAGGACUAAUGACAUCAAGCAGAAGCAAUAACAGGUUUCAACAUCAACAGCAGUUUCAAGAUCAGAUGACUCCACAAGGAGGUGGUAGAAGGUGUAGACCUAUUGAAGAAAAGGAAAGAACAAAGCUUCGUGAGCGACAACGAAGGGCAAUUACUGCAAAGAUCUUGGCAGGCCUAAGAAGACAUGGGAACUACAAUCUUAGGGUUAGAGCCGAUAUUAAUGAUGUGAUUGCAGCCCUAGCUAGGGAAGCUGGUUGGGUUGUUCUUCCUGAUGGAACCACCUUUCCAUCAAGAUCACAGGGUGUGAGACCUGCUGCUGGUGUAUCAACUUCAUCCACCUCACUGCCAUUGCAGCAGAACCAAGCUCCUUCUCUAAGAGGCAUCUCUUCUGCCUGCCCAAUUGAGAUGGAUAAUGAGGCAUGCCAAAUGAAAGGUUUAUUUGUUCCUUCUUCUGCUUAUGAUGUGUCAUCAAGUGGUCGAUCUCAGUCUUCUCAUCUGCUGGGAGUUGAAGUUGAUGGUCAAGAUGAUCAACUGAUAGGGGUUUCUGUAGAUACUGUUGCAGGCAGGCAGGUUGUUGACAUGCCUUCAAAGUUACAAGAACGGGAUUUUGCGGGUACUCCUUAUGUUCCUGUGUAUGUAUUGCUUCCUUUGGGAGCAGUUAAUAUGAAGUGUGAAGUUGUAGAUCCUGAUGGUCUACUGAAUCAAUUAAGGGUUUUGAAGUCUAUGAAUGUUGAUGGUGUAAUGGUUGAUUGCUGGUGGGGUAUAGUUGAAGCACAUGUUCCACAGGAGUAUAACUGGAAGGGAUAUAAAAGAUUAUUUCAAAUGGUGCGCGAGCUUAAGCUCAAGUUACAGGUAGUAAUGUCUUUCCAUGAAUGUGGAGGCAAUGUUGGUGAUGAUGUUUGCAUACCCUUACCUCAUUGGGUGGCUGAAAUUGGUCGGAGCAAUCCGGACAUAUUUUUCACAGAUAGAUCAGGAAGACGCAAUCCAGAAUGUCUCUCAUUGGGGAUUGACAAGGAACGUGUUCUAAGAGGUCGCACUGCCUCAGAGGUCUAUUUUGACUACAUGAGAAGCUUUCGGGUUGAAUUUGAUGAGUUCUUUGUAGAUGGAGUUAUUUCAAUGAUUGAAAUUGGAUUGGGUCCAUGUGGGGAGCUUCGGUAUCCAUCUAAUCCUGUGAAACAUGGUUGGAGAUAUCCAGGUGUCGGUGAAUUUCAGUGUUACGACCGAUAUAUGUUGAAGAGCCUGACAAAGGCGGCUGAAACAAGGGGACACUCGUUCUGGGGAAGAGGACCAGAAAAUGCAGGUUCCUAUAACUCAAGGCCGCAUGAAACCGGAUUCUUUUGCAAUGCAGGGGAUUACGAUGGCUACUAUGGUCGCUUCUUUCUUAAUUGGUAUUCUCAGCUAUUGAUCAACCAUGCUGAUCGCCUGCUUUCUUUGGCUAAAUUUGCUUUUGAAGGGACUUUCAUUACUGCAAAGCUAUCAGGUAUUCAUUGGUGGUACAAGACAUCGAGUCAUGCUGCUGAGUUGACUGCUGGCUUUUACAACUCAUCCAAUCGUGAUGGCUAUGCUCCGAUUAUCGAAGUCUUGAAGAAACACGGGGUUGCCUUAAACUUUACGUUGGCCCACAUGAACAUCAACAUGGACAUGGACAUGGACAUGGACUCCUCGGAAGCCCUUGAAGAUCCUGAUGCUUUAUCUUGGCAAGUGAUGAAUGCGGCAUGGGAUUCUUGUAUAGCUAUGACUAGUGAGAACCCACUUCCAUGUGUUGAUAAAGUAAGCUACAAUUAUAUAUUGGAGAAGGCUAAGCCUAUGAACGAUCCAGAUGGGAGGCAUUACUCUGCUUUUACUUAUCUUAGACUCGGUCAGCUUCUCAUGGAUCCUCACAAUAUCAUGGAGUUUGAACGAUUCGUCAAGAGAAUGCAUGGGGAGGCGGUUCUUGAGAUCCAUGCCUAAGGUGGAUGGAAGCAGAGUGGAGAUGUGCAAUUAUAAUAUUAAGAUUUAUAUACUAACCAAAUCCAAGAGGUGAUAUUUUUAGUAUUACUGUAAAUGUGAAUACAAGUGUAGAGAAGAAAUCCAGGGUCAGGCCAUAUGAAGAAGAAAAAAAAGGUAAAUGAAUUAGUCUGUUUAGGGUUAAUGGUAUUUAUUUGUGAUCAUAUAUUUGAUACACUUUAAAAUUUGG